UGCUACUUGCUACAACAACAAAAGAAUCUGACAAUCUGAACCAUCAAUGGCAAAUUUUAUAGCCUCCAUCUCAACUUUUUUUUGGAAUAAUUGAAUAAUUAUAAGCAAUCACUAUCUUCUUCCCCUUCUAUCAAUCCAAAGUCAAUCUAGGAAGCUUCAAUAUUUGUCAUGAAACAAACAUUUUAUCACUACAUUAAUGUACACUUGCUUUCUUUCUGAUAGUUACCUUUUGUCAAUAUACAAAUUCUACCUUUUCUUUAUUUGGUGGAAGAAUUUUCUUGAACCCACUUUACUACACCUUUCAUUUUCUUUCCUCCUUUCUUCUGUUGGGUGUUUGUUUUUCACAUGUUUCAGAAUCUGCUUAACUAGUGAGGAUUAUAAUAUAUCAAAUUUUAUAGUUAAAGAAUCUUACAUAUUGUUUCUCCAUUUCUGUUCUUCUGUAUUUUCACCCAAGUUUUGAGCUUUUUUUUGGUUAAAAUGAGAUUGGUGGGUAAAAUAUGUAUUUGGGUCUCAUAAUUUGUGCUAACCCACCAUGAUUUUGAGGGAUUUAUGGUUGUUGUUGUCAUUGGUGGUUGUAUUAGAUAAAAGAUUGGUUUUUGUUAAUGGGGUUAGUACAGAUUUUUCAAAUAGGCCUAAGAUAGUGAACAUUGGUGCACUCUUUUCUUUGAAUUCCACAAUUGGGAAAGUUGCAAAUGUUGCAAUUCAAGCUGCAAUAGAUGAUGUGAAUUCUUCUUCUGAUGUUCUUCAUGGAACUCAACUCAAUAUCUCAAUGCUUGAUAAUUGUCAGAGUGGAUUCCUUGGGAUUGCUCAGACAAUGGCAUUCAUGGAUGAUGACAUAGUUGCAAUAAUAGGUCCACAAUCAUCUGUUCUAGCUCAUGUAGUUUCUCCCAUUGCAGCGGGAUUCAGAAUCCCUUUACUCGCCUUUGCUGCGACAGACCCAGCUCUUUCUUCUAUCGAAUAUCCUUUCAUUGUCCGAACAACUCAGAGUGAUCUUUACCAAAUGGAUGCUAUAGCAGACCUCAUCAACUACUUUGGAUGGCGGGAAGUAGCCACCAUCUACACUGAUGAUAAUUAUGGAAGGAAUGGGAUCGCUUCUUUAGGUGAUAAGUUGGCUGAAAAUGGAGGUAAGAUAAGCUAUAGAGCGCCUAUGAGCCUUGGAAUAAGCAGCGAUGAAAUUAAGCGACUGUUGUUUCAGGUUAUCUCACAAGAAUCCCGGAUUUUUGUUCUUCAUACUUAUCAUAGUUAUGGUCUUAAGGUACUUGAAGUGGCUCGUUCUCUUCAAAUGUUAGAAAACGGCUUUGUUUGGAUUGCUACAAGUUGGCUUAUGGACGUUAUAGAGACAGAUUCUCCUCUUCCUUCCAAUGCACAAAAUGAUAUUCAAGGGUUACUUACCUUACGGGUGUACACACCCAAUUCAAAUCUUAAGUUAAACUUCACCGCUAGAUGGAACAAUUUAGUUGGAAGAGAGUACAAUAGCUUUUUUGGAUUCAACACAUGUGGUCUUUACGCUUAUGAUUCUGUUUGGAUUCUUGCCUAUGCAUUGGAUGCGUACUUUGCUCAAGGCGGAAACAUAUCAUUCUCGAAGUAUUCAGCAGUUAAUCGUCUGCACCUUGAUUCCAUCAGGGUUUUCGAUGGCGGAGAAGAAUUACUGUCCAAAAUAUAUCAAGUUAAUAUGACAGGAUUGACAGGCCAAAUUCAGUUUGGUGAAAACCGGAACUUAAUCAACCCUGUUUUUGAAAUCCUCAAUAUAGUUGGAACAGGUCAUAAUAAAAUAGGAUACUGGUCAAACUUUUCAGGUCUAUCACAGAAACUUUCAGAAGCUGUACCCUCGAAACGAACUGAUUCAACUCUGCAGCUGUCUAGUGUAAUCUGGCCCGGCCAAACCAUAGAGAAACCUCGGGGAUGGGUUUUCCAGAACAAUGGGAAGGUUCUUAAGAUUGGAGUCCCACGACGUGUUACUUACCUUGAAUUCGUUUCAUAUUCUCCUAAGACGCACUCAUUCUCCGGAUUCAGCAUUGAUGUGUUCACAGCUGCUUUAAAUUUGCUACCAUAUGGUAUUUCUUAUAACUUGGUACCAUUUGGAGAUGGAAAAAGUAACCCGAACAUGGAUGAGCUUGUUGAGCGACUGUCUGAAGGAGUAUACGAUGCUGUGGUUGGGGAUAUUGUGAUUACAGCAAAAAGAGCAAAAAUAGUAGAUUUUACGCAGCCAUUUAUUGAGUCGGGUCUUGUUGUUGUGGCACCGGUUAAAACCAAGGACUCCGAUGCUUGGGCUUUCUUGUCGCCGUUAACUCCAAAAAUGUGGUGUGUAACCGGUGUAUCUAUCAUUAUUUUGGGAGCUGUCAUAUGGGUUUUGGAGCAUCGAUUCAAUGAUGAAUUCCGUGGUCCUCCCCAACAGCAAGUUAAAACAUUGUUAUGGUUCGGCUGUUCAACUUGGUUCGGUUCUCAUAGGGAGACUACUCUAAGCAUACUAGGUCGGUUUGUGCUAUUCAUAUGGUUAUUUGUAGUCCUAAUUAUCAAAUCGAGCUACACGGCAAGCUUGAGCUCGAUAUUUACAUUGCAUCAGCUUUAUUCUCCAAUCAAAGGGAUUGAGAGCUUAAUGGGAAGCAAAGCUCCCAUAGGAUAUCAAAAAGGUUCAUUUUCUAUGAAUUAUCUACAUGUGGAUCUUCGGUUUCCCAAGUCUCAGCUUGUUCCUCUUAAUAAUGAAGACGAGUAUGAAGAAGCUCUUCGAAAGGGCCCUAAGAAUGGCGGGGUUGCUGCCAUAGUCGAUGAUAUGUCGCGCAUAGAGAAUUUCCUUUCCCGGAGAUGUCACUACACCAUCAGAGGUCAAACAUUCACCCGAAAUGGAAGGGGAUUUGCAUUUCCGAAAGGCUCUCAACUGGCGGUAGACAUGUCAACGGCUAUACUAAAACUGUCGGAAGAUGGGGACUUGCAGAGGAUCCAUGAUAAGUGGCUGACGAAAAGUGCGUGCAGGUCACAGGAUUCAAAGCUUACAGUAGACAGACUAGAGCUUAACAGCUUCUGGGGUCUAUUCUUCAUUUGUGGUGUAGCUUGUUUCUUUGCUUUCAUUGUAUAUUGCAUACGUUUGGUGAAGAAAUUCAUGCGUCAUCGGCGUUCCAGUGAGGAAGAUUCAGACUGCCAACGUCCACAACGUAGCUGCCUCCGGAGAUUCUUGGCGUUUCUCAAUGAGAAAGAAGAACAACCUCGACAGGACAGUAUCUGAGAUUUUGAUAGCAUAAGGGGUUAUAGCCCUUAAAAAGUAAAUUACAAAAAUAAAUUGAAAUAUAGAGCCUUAGUGUAUAUGUGAGCUCUUUUAAGGCAAAUCGUCAAUAAUAGUGUAUAUUGUAUGCUUCAAUGUUAUAUAUUGUUUUCUUCGUAUAUAUUUUGGAUUAUAGGGUAGGAUGAGAAUAGGGGCUAGAUUAGAAUCAAAUCCAAGACCCUAUCUGUGGAAAUCGAUUCCAAUUGAAAUAAUACCCGAUUUUUUUUUCUUUAAAUACUAAUAUGGACUCCCUAUUUGAUCUUUAAG